GCACAAGUCAAGUUUUGAAAUUUAAUAAUCAUAACCCCCAACUCGAAAUCCCCGAACUUUUGUGUCAAGGAAAAGGCCUUAUAAACCCCACCAAAUGACAUCCGAGUCAUAAUUCAAAUUCCUGAGGCUAAUUCUCUCCAUUGAAAAUGCCUACCCUUUAACGACCACCUUGCCUGUUUUUGUUUUGUAACACAAAGUAAAACCAUAUAUACCUCAAUAGGAGCAGCAAAAGAACACAUUCAACAACUUCUUUUGCUCUCAGCUAUGGCAGAGUUAGAGAACCCAAAUGUGAUGCCAAAUCUCAUAACGUUUCUGUCUUCUCUUCUCCAAAAAGUGGCAGAAUCCAACGAUGUAAACGGUCGGUUUCAGCCUCAGAAGAUUUCGGUGUUUCAUGGCCUAACUCGGCCAACUAUCACAAUUCAAAACUACCUGGACAGAAUUUACAAGUAUGCAAAUUGUAGCCCGUCUUGCUUUAUUGUUGCAUAUGUUUAUCUUGAUCGGUUUGCUCAAAGGCAAACCUCGUUGCCCAUAAAUUCUUUCAACGUUCAUCGGCUGCUUAUUACCAGUGUCAUGGUUGCUGCAAAGUUCAUGGAUGAUAUGUAUUACAACAAUGCGUACUAUGCAAAAGUAGGAGGAAUCAGCACAACAGAAAUGAACUUCCUUGAAGUGGAUUUCCUAUUUGGGUUGGGUUUCCACUUAAAUGUGACCCCAAAUACCUUUCACACCUACUACUCCUACCUGCAAAGAGAGAUGAUGUUGCAACCUCCACCAAGUAUUGCAGAUUCCUCUUUAAGCCUUGGGAGGUCACUUAAAGCCCAUUUAUGCUUCAAUGAAGAAGAAUCCUCUCAUCAAAAGCAGCAACAACUAGCUGUUUAAGGCCUUCAAUAUUCGCUUUGAUUUCCUGAAUGUAGUUAGAUACAGAGACAGUGACUUUGUUCAAACAUUUUGGGCUGGCAGGUUGAAUGCAUGACUUGUGCACUAAAACCCCACAUGUUUCCCCCCUCUCUCUCUCUCUCUUCUUUUGGUUUCUUGUGGUUUCCUUUUUUGGGGUUUUGAAUCUGAAAUUGUUUAUGUAUGUACAGAUGGGAGUUUCUUCUUUACAGUCUGGCUAUCAAAAGUCUCAUUGUCAAUUAAUUUCUUAAAUUUCUUUUGGUUCA